UAAGCCUCCUUGUUCAUCAUUCAACGCUUCUCCUUUUCUUUCUUCACCCCUUUCUCUUUUUCCAGAACCCUAACAUGGAUCUUUGUUACCUAUCUCAAGCUCAUCUUAAUCUUGGUAAUCUUCUUCAAAUUGAACAUGAACCUAGGUUUUGGGUUUCGCGAUGAACCCAGCUCCUAGGUAAGCCAUACAUUGUGCAUUAACUAUGGAUUUUACUAAGGAUAUUAUCAGACAAAGGAAAAGGUCAGGGGAGGAUUAUGCAUCUCAUUCUGUUUCUAAGGAGUCUAAUGAUUUCAACUUUUCAGUUAGUAGUAUCAAGCCAGACCUAACAUUGCUAAAGGCAGCCUAUGACCUCUUGUCUUCUAAGGAAAAGUAUGAUUUUGAGGUGCAAUUUGGACGUAUUGUAGACUUGUUUUCUAUUGUGCCAGAUUGGAAAUUGUUUAAAGCUAUGUUGAAAUUUUAUGUUCCUACAUAUGGAGCAUUUGUGUUCCCGCAGUUUGAGCUAGUACUUACUAUUGAUGAGUAUCAUCAAUUCUUACGAUGUAGUCCUACAGUGGAUUCACAUACUUUUACCCCUACACAGCAGCAUAUGCAGCUUACAAGUGUAAUAGUUCAAGAGAUGUUGCAACGUAUUUGUGGGUUCUCUUUUGAUUUCACACAACCUUUACUAAAGACGGAUACUUAUGGGUUUAAUUGGGAUGUAGCUUUUACAACUAUGGGCAAUAGUUUAGCUAAUAUGAGAUCUUCAGAAAGGAUUAGAUUUGUGGCACUUGGGGUUUAUGGCAUGGUCAUAUUUCCUAUUUAUGUUAAGUCUAUUGCACCUAUGGUGGUGGCUCUAUUUGAUCAGUUGUUGUCUACUUCGGCAUUCAAUCCUACUCCAACUGUAGUCGCGGAAACCUUGAGAUCUAUGCAAGUUAUUUGGGCAAAACGUAAAGGUCGCUUCUUGGGUUGCAUUGAGUUGUUUACUGCAUGGGCACAUGAUCACUUAAUAGGUCCUCGAUUUGAAACUUUGCUUAGUGUUCCUAUAAAAAAUAGGAAAGUAGAGGAUUGGCAUCAAAUUUUCUUGUCUGCUUCUAUUAGUGAUGUCAGAUUUGUGCUUUCAUCUUGGAGUGCCACUCAUUACCUUCAUCCACCUGAGAGGCACCACUUUAUUCCUUUGUUAGGUAUCCGUGGGGGAAUUUCUUAUUCUGUGGAGUUAGCACGUCGCCAGUUUGGAGAAGCACAAGGUGUUCCUUAUCUAAAUAAUGGUUUACCUCCUCCUUUUGAUUAUGCAUCUACUAUGAAGAUUGUUGACAAGAUAUCUGAGGCGCAUGAACUGUGGGUCAAAUGUAGGAUGUUACCUAUAUGGAAAGAAAAUGGAACUAGACCAGAAUAUGAGCAAUGGAGGUCUAUUUGGAUAAAAAAUCUUUCUUUGCCUCUCAAGGUGAUAAAUACCAAAGAAUCCACUAUCAUAGAUUUGACUACUAAGUUGGAGUUUAGCCAUUCUCAAAGAGCUCAUUUGCGAGAAAAGUAUGAUGGUUUAGCUCUUAAACAUGAAUUGCUUAAAAGGGGUAAAGAAUUGUCUGAUCAGCAAAUGAUGGAAUUGAACAAAGACUUGGCUACCAAUAAACAAGUUUGUGUGGAGCAAAAGCGAAGUUUGAAGUUUGCUAAGGAACAAAAGAGAAGGUUAUUACAAGUGAAGGCGGAUCUCAAAGCAAAAGAGGAGGAGAACAAGGAGCUUGUUGAGAAGAUGGCCAGGCAGCAAAAAUUGGAGGAAGAGGUGGCUCGGUGGAAGAAUGCUUACAACAAUCUAUUGUCUGACUAUAGUGCUUUGCAAAAAGAAUUACAAGCAAUGAAGCAGUCAAAGCAAGGAGGGGAAGAAAACACAUCUUGAGUAGCUUAUGGAAAUUUGUCACUUGAGAACUUACAAACAUCAGAAAUUUGGAUUUCUUAAUGAAACUUGCUUGAAUGAAUACAAUCUUUCUUCCUUAUGAAAAGUGUAUUCGAUAAAGUAAAAUUCAUGAA